AUGGCGCUCCUGCAGGUUCAACAAACGCUGUAUUGUCCCCUGUUCCGGCGGAAAUCAGUGCUAAUUCAAGAAAAUGGAGAAAAUGAUGCGAAACAGAAGAAUGGCAAGAAGCGUUCGUUCGGGUGUGUGAGGGUCGCUUUCGUAGCGUUUUUGGCCUCCUCGCGGGCGGCGUCUGACCUCAAGCCCCGCCCACCCAGAGCACACUUCCGCUUCACGUCGCUCUUCCACGGGGGAGAUGGGCGUGAUGGGCGUGAUUCCUCUUCCGCCCACGAGUCGUCUCUGCGCCGCCCACACGAUGUCAUUCCCUUUUUAGAUCUAUCGCCACUGCGCCCCCCUCCCGCCCACUUAGCAGCGCCUCCUCCCAGCCCGCACGAUGGGAUGCCCCACCUGGAUCUACGCCCACCUCCCCUCCCGACCCACCCGGAGCCAUCACCGCAUAGUCCACACGCCGAUGUAGCCCACCGACAUCCGGCACUCCAUCCUGAUUCACCGCUUCAUAGCCUACAUGGAGAUCUAACCCACCCUGGCCCACCUCCUCAUAGCCUACAUGAUCUAACCCACCCUGGCCCACCUCCUCAUAGCCUACAUGAUCUAACCCACCCUGACCUACCUCCUCAUAGCCUACAUGGAGAUCUAACCCACCCUGACCUACCUCCUCAUAGCCUACAUGGAGCCCUAACCCACCCUGACCCACCUCCUCAUAGCCUACAUGAUCCAACCCACCCUGACCCACCUCCCCGCCCACCCUCCGCCCGCACAACUCGCCAUUACGCUGCUUCGGAAUAUGAAAGUGUAAACAAAAAGCCUUACGAAUUCGAGUACGGAGUGAAAGAUGCUUACCAUGGUACUUCUUACUCCAGACAAGAGGAGAGCGACGGACACGAUACCAAAGGGCAAUACCAGGUGAAGCUCCCCGACGGCCGCAUCCAGACGGUGAUCUACCGCGCAGGAGUCGACGGCUUCCACGCAGAAGUCGUGUACGAGGGAGAGCCUCACUAUCCGAAGGAGAAGCCUCUGAAGGGGUCCACGCCGUUAGCCCAUUCCCUGUCGCCUGUCCACUCGGCGACCGCGAAACCUCCCCAUACUGUAUCGAAGCUGGUUUACACGUCGCCGAAGCCGGUUUACACGACGCCGAAGCCGGUUUACACGACGCCGAAUUCGGUCUUUUCCAACACGGGAAAGCCGGUUCAUACUCUGCCGAAAAUAAGCUUCACUACAUUUAAGCCAGCCUCCUUCACCCCAGUCCACAGCACGCCGCACCACACUAAGCCGAAGUCAGUGCAUGCGCCAAAGCCGGUUCUCAGCACGCCAAAGCCAGUCCAUGUCACACCAAAGCCAUUUCAUUCGACGUCAAAACCAGUUCGUACAACUUUGAAGUCUAUUCAUGUUACACCAAAGCCAGCCCAUGGUACGUUAAAGCCAUUUAUUACAACACCAAAGCCGGUUCACAGUACUUUCAAGCCAGCUCUCACAACGCCAAAGCCAAUCAGCGGUACAUUCGAGUCCUUUUUUACAACCCCAAAGCCAGUUCAUAGUACUUUCAAACCUAUUCACACUACAGCAAAGCCAGUCCACAGCACAUUAAAAUCAGUACUCACAUCUCCCAAACCAAUUCACAGUACUUUCAAGCCAGCUGUCACAACCCCGAAGCCAGUUCACACAACACCACAUGUCACAGCAAAGCCAAUCCACACUACACUCUAUACCUUAGCAAGACCAGUCAAAACCACUUCGAAGCCAUUCUUAGGUCAAAUAACAUCUAAGCCACAGCACGCUACGUCAGACUCACAACUCACCACACCAAAGCCACUCCACUUCUCUACUCUUGGACCAGACUUUCACUCCACUCCACUGUCGCUGUUCACCAAAUCCCCCGAACAGUUUUACAGCAUCUCUCCCGACUCAGGCCUCCCUCAGGAACCCGUGCCUGUUUACAUCGUGACAGGAAAGCCACUCUCUACCACGCUAAAACCCGCCUACCACGUCAGUCCAGAAUCGAUAUACAACACUGCCCACCAAGAACUCUUCCGAAUUACACCAAAGCCUUCCCAAGCCACAACCCAAAAGCCAGGAUUCCAAAAUACACCAAAAUCGGUUCAUAAUGUCUCGCCAAAACCGACACACCACACUUCGCCAAGGCCACUUCAUGUGAGUAAACCAAACAUUGUAACGGAACAUCCUUUCCCAACAACACCUACAGCAUUAAGCCUUGGUAAGGUACCACUUUCUCAAAACAAAGAACCAGUUCACCCUACCAAAGGACUUGUUUCCCACGAGAAGGACCUGGUUCACCAUAACGUAGAACCUGUCCACCAUAAUCUGCAAUCGGUUACGCAUCCGAAAGAACCACUCCAUCACGACAAGAAUCCGAUAUUUCAUGAAAAACAUCCUUCCAUCCACCAGACGACGAGCCUUCCUCCCCUAACAGACAAGCCUUUUACCCCGAGCCUUCCACCGACCUUGUCACCGCCUCCACUCCCGAACCUUCACACGUCGUCUGUACCCCAUCAGAACACCAAGGCAGAACACGCACCAAAUUUAGCCAUCCAGGCAAAGCCCCAUCUUACACUUACGUCCACAACGACUAUACGACCUCCACAGUUGCCUUUGAGUGUCACGUUCCCAACACAGUUGCCGGAUAUCGGGCCUUUGCCUAAUCCCAAACCGAUUCUUGUUCCUCACGCCGAAGCCUCGCCGGAGCAGCCUCUGCACCCUCGCCCAACUAGACCACACAAUGGACAUGCUCCAGGUCUCCACCUUCACUCCACAUCAAAACCUCCCGUGAGCUCCAUCCCAACAAGACCAACAAUCAUUCCCGGUGGCGUUUCAAUCUCUCAGUCCUUGCCUCACCCAUCAAGGCCACACAAUGGACAUGGCCUCAUUCCGGUUUCCCAGUCCCUGCCCAGUCGUCCACCAAGACCACACAAUGGUGAUCGCCUCAUCCCGCUUUCCCCUCCAUUCCCAAACCAGCCUGUUAAGACGCGCCCAACCGUAUCACACAAAGUACAAGAACACAAUCUACCGCAUUCCCUGUCCGAUCUUCCUCCAGAAACCCUUCCACCUCGUCCCCACGAGGAAAAAGACCGCCUUCCGUUCUUCCAUUCUCUUCCAGACCGUCCUCUAAGGCCACACGACAAACACCCCCACGUUCCACUCGCCCACUCCUCGCUGGAUUUGCCAAAACGCGACCCCACUCGCAUUAGGGACACCCAGUCCCCAUUCAGACUGCCCCUAGAACCUCAAUCGCCGAUACCUGAAGGCGAACACAUUCAAUUCACAUCCUCCCCUAAGCCAACACUGUCGCCGCCUCCUUCCAUACUCCCGACCGACGAAAUCCACUCUCUCCUCGAGGGACCUUUAAGCACCCUCGUCACCCACGACCCCUUCAGCAUACACGUUCAGUCCGGCACUGACUCGCACCCCUUUGUGACAGAGCCAGCGGUGACGGACGACCUCCACCUCGGACUGAAGUUCAAGGAGCCCCUAUUUCGUUCGGACAAGCCCCUUCUCGCGACGUCUCGGAGAAGACUCGAAUCCCGAGAAGAGCUCGCGGACUCUGGUCGCUCUGAUGCUCAGUCGCGCUGA